GGAGAGCACGAAAAACAAGUUGAAUUCAGUUUGUGUCGAGACGUUGUCACGGGCACGUCGCAUUAUCAGGAGAGCUGCCCAGUCGCUGAACGAGUUUUCAAUUUGAAGUGUGAAAAGACGAGAAAAUUGUUGUAAUUGUAGAAACCAAAGCAAAAACUAAAAAUUAAACAGAACACUUGCGUGCGUAAAUACGAACAAGUAAAGAGAAAUUGCAGUGUGAACCAAAACCCAAGACUAGUGAACUUUAAAAAAAAACUAAGCUAAAAAAAAAACACAUUCAACACAAAUCAACAAACAAAUACGAGUACAUACAAAAAAGGGAAUAUGUCUUCCACAUCGGCGUCGCCCAUCAGCAACAUAACCGUGGACGACGAGCUGAACAUAAGCAGAGAACAAGAUUUCGCCGAAGACGACUUCAUAGUGAUCAAGGAGGAGCGCGAGAGCAGUUUGUCACCCAUGUUGACGCCGCCGCACACGCCCACCGAGGAGCCAGCGCUUAGACGCAUCUCCUCGGCCCACAGCAGUCCGUUGGGCAGCGAGCGGGAGCGAGAGGAGUUGGCCACACAAUUGCAUAUGCGUGCUCCGUAUGGAGCCAUGGAGCGACACAUGCAGGCAGCACACUAUCAGCAGCAACAGCAUCGUCUGUGGUUGCAGAUGCAACAGCAGCAGCAACAACAACAACAACAACAGCAGCAACAUCCGCAUGUGGCACAGUCACAUUAUGGAGCGGUAUAUGGACUGCCUGGAGCGGCGGCCAGUGCGGAUACUGUGGCGGCACAGCAGCAGGCGCUGCUCAUGAACCAAUGGAUACGCCAUGCCGCUCUGUAUCAGCAACACCAGCAGCAGCAGCAACAACAACAGCAGCAGCAUGGACAUCCGCAUCACCCACACCAUCCGGCCCACCAUCAUCAUCACCAUCAUGGCCAUCAUCCGGCGCAUCAUGGUGUGCGUCCUUAUCCAGCUGGCCUGCACACCUUGCAUGCGGCAGCGGCCGCUGGUCGCCACUUUGGUGUGCUGCCCACCAUGAAGCUGCCGGGUGCGGGGGGCAGUGGCUCGGGCAGCAGCAGACCCAAGAAGCAGUUCAUCUGCAAGUACUGCAACCGACAGUUCACCAAGUCCUACAAUCUGCUCAUACAUGAGCGCACGCACACGGACGAGCGUCCCUACUCCUGCGACAUAUGCGGCAAGGCCUUCCGGCGCCAGGACCAUCUGCGGGAUCACCGCUACAUACACUCCAAGGAGAAGCCGUUCAAGUGCAGCGACUGUGGCAAGGGCUUCUGCCAGUCGCGCACGCUGGCCGUCCACAAGGUCACCCAUCUGGAGGAGGGCCCUCACAAGUGUCCCAUUUGCCAGCGCUCCUUCAAUCAGCGCGCCAAUCUCAAGUCUCAUCUGCAGAGCCACAGUGAGGGGCACAAGGAGACAACGGGAGCGGGAGCGGGCGCCGCACCUACAACGCCCACGACACCAACACAGGCAUUGAGCAAGUCUCAACCUGCAGAGUUGGCCAGUCAGGGUCAGACGACGCCCGCUCUCGAUCUUUCCUCCUCGGCCAUUGCUCUGCCCGCCGAGCGGCCAAAGCGCUCGAUGGGCUUCACCAUCGACGAGAUCAUGAGCAGAUAGAGCGAGCAAUUGGCGAACAAACAGGCCACAAUUUAUUGGUUUUCGGUUUCAAGAUCGAAACCUUCGGCUCCAGGUCCCGAGGCGUCGCUCAGCCAGGCAUUGGAAGUGCCUGAGUCCAGUAAGCGCCGUCGCCCAAGUCGCCCACAGUCGUCCACAGUCGCCGUCAGUCGCAGCCAGUUGGAGGAGCCAAGGCUCCAGGCACCCACAAGCCCCAGAAAUGCCCCAGUGAAGUGGCAAAAGUCAAGCCCAAGCUAUAUUCUACAGAUAUACAAGUAUAGCAACCGAUUCACAUACAAAUGCAAAUGCCAAAGCACACACGCAACUGAAUAAAACUUAAACCUAAAGAGUUACGAAGUUAAAAGAUGGAAAGACAAAGUAUUGCAAGCAAACACACGCCUCCUAAACAAUUCCAAAAUGGCAGUUGAAAUCAUAAUAGAAAUACAUAUGUUAGUAUAAAGGUCUAGCUGUAGUUUAAUUUUAUGGACAACUAGCAACUGUACUCUUAUAUAAUCGUACCUUAUAGCUAUAGUAGCCGAUUCUGUUUUGUAAGCCUAAGCAACAUACUUAUUAUCGCAUCGACAGGCGCCUCAAUUCAAAAUACAAUACAAUACAAUACAAUAUAUUUAUAAUAAUAACAAUAAUUACCGAAGACUGUUUCUAUAAUUUUGCACGAGAAUUUGUUGGUUUUUUCACUGAGUUUAAUGUUUAUAUUUUUAGUUAAGUGUUAUGCCCAUUUUUCAUUAACUAAAUUACUAUUAAACGAUGAAAGUAUAAUUAUUAUCACAAUACUGUAUAUUUAAUGUGACUUUGCACAAAG